AUGAACUUUGGUACUGCCUGGGAGGAUUGGCUCGGACGCUGUGAUCAGGCUACGGCGGAGAGCAUUCUGGACUUCUUUUACGAACAGGUGAAGGCGCCCACAAAAACAAAGAAUCCGAGUACUCUAGCUGACCUCUUGCGCAAUUUUAUCGACACAGCCAACAGCUACCAGUUUGGCGACUCUGAGAUAUGGGUUGGCGAAUGGAUGAGGAAGCGCAACACCCGUGAUGAGAUGGUCAUUGCAACCAAGUACACCAGCAACUUCACCGCCGGCGCUGCGAAUCCUCCGACUGUGAUGGCAAGUUUCACCGGCAACGGAACGAAGAGCUUGGUCACGUCCGUAAAAUCCAGCCUCGACAGACUUCAGACCGGCUACAUAGACCUGCUCUACGUGCAUUUCUGGGACUACAGCACCUCGAUUCCGGAGCUCAUGCAGUCGCUGAACCAGCUCGUGGCUGCUGGCCAGGUUUUGUACCUUGGAGCCAGCGACACUCCGGCUUGGGUUGUCAGCAAGGCCAACGAGUACGCCCGUAACCAUGGCCUUCGGCAGUUUUCAGUAUAUCAAGGCUUUUGGAAUGCAGGGUCACGGGAGCUCGAGCGCGAGAUUAUUCCCAUGUGCCGAUCUGAGGGCAUGGCCAUCUGCCCUUGGGGUUCUGUGGGCGGGGGCAAGUUCAAAACCGAGGAACAGCGUCAGCGCGCAGACGGCCGCAACACGAGUUACUCCGAGGCGGAUAUCAAGGUGAGCUUGGUUCUCGAGUCUAUCGCGAACCGAAAGAACUCGACCAUCACGAGUAUCGCGCUGGCCUACGUGAUGCAUAAGGCACCUUAUGUCUUUCCGGUUGCCGGCGGGAGAAAGAUUGAGCAACUCAAGGCUAACAUCGAGGCGCUCACGAUCGGACUGAGUGACGACGAGAUCAAAGAAAUCGAGAGUGCCGCGCCGCUUGAUUGGGGCUUCCCACAUAAUCUAAUCUGGGCCAGUGGUGCCGGCGCAUCCUACCAGAACGUGUGGCUACUGGGCACCGGUGGCAACUUCGAGUACGUGGAGGAAGCAAAGCCUAUCUCACCAGCACAAGGAGGGGCUUAG